UUCCCCUUUUACCAAGUACUUCACCAAAUCUCAGGCAAGCUGAAAGUUCCUGGAAAUGCAAGCACAACUUGAAAGUCAAUUACUGUUGAAGGAAAAAAAAAACAGUAGAAAGUCAAACUAUUAACACAUUAGUUAAAGACUAAGCUUCCUUUGUUAUUCCUCUCCCACUUGCAAUUUGCUCUGUCUUGUUCUUUCUUGAUAUCUUCUUCAUCUAUAUACAUUAUUGGUCUUGAGUUUAUCCUCAAUUCUUCAGUUUCUUGGUCUUUUGAAAGCUUUAAUUCUGACUUUCUCUGUAAUGGGUGGUGCUUCAAGAAGUCAGGAAUCCUCACACUUUUCAUCAUCAUCAUCUGGAUGGAGUUAUCAUGUGUUCUUGAGCUUUAGAGGUGGAGACACCCGCAAGAAUUUCACUGAUCAUCUCUACACAGCUUUGAUUCAGGCAGGGAUUCACACAUUCAGAGACGAUGAUGAGAUCAAAAGAGGUGAGAACAUUGAGUCAGAAAUCAAGAAUGCAAUACGAGAAUCAAAAAUCUCAGUGCUUGUGCUUUCCAAAGACUACGCUUCUUCGAGAUGGUGUCUUGAUGAACUUGCGAUGAUAAUGGAACGGAGGAGAACUGAUGGGCAUAUUGUUGUGCCUGUCUUUUAUGAUGCGGAUCCAACCGAAGUUGGGAAACAGAUAGGAAGCUAUGGUGAAGCAUUUGAAAGACAUGAAAAGGUCUUCAAGGAGGAGAUGGAAAUGGUGGAAGGAUGGAGGGCAGCUCUUAGGGAAGUUGCAGACAUGGGAGGGAUGGUCUUAGAGAACAGUUUCUUUUUCCAUUUUUAUUUGGGCAGGCAUCAGUCGCAGUUUAUACAGAAUAUAGUUAAAGAGGUUGGAAAUAAGCUGAACCGUGUAGUCCUGAAUGUUGCUUCAUACUUAGUUGGAAUAGACUCUCGCAUAGCUGAUAUUAACUCGUGGUUACAAGAUGACUCGAAAGACGUUGGCAUAGCAACAAUCUAUGGAGUUGGGGGAAUUGGCAAGACAACUCUUGCAAAGAUUAUAUUCAACCAGAAUUUUGACAAAUUUGAUGGUGCAAGCUUUUUAGCAAAUGUUAGAGAAACUUCUGAACAAUCUAAUGGUUUGGUUCGGUUGCAAAGGAAAGUUCUUUCGGAUCUUCUCAAGGGGAAAACAAGCAAAAUAUACAAUGUAGAUGAAGGGAUUAUUAAAAUAAAAGAUGCUAUAUGUCGCAGAAGGGUUCUUCUUAUUCUUGAUGAUCUGGAUCAAUUAGACCAAUUCAAUUCAAUAAUUGGAAUGCAGGAAUGGUUUUUUCCUGGAAGUAAAAUUAUCGCAACAACUAGACAUGAGCGCCUGCUAAGGGCUCAUGAAGUUAGUAAACUCUUUCGAGUUAACGAAUUGGAUAGUAAUGAAUCACUUCAGCUCUUCAGUUGGCACUCUUUUGGGCAAGAUCAUCCUGUUGAAGUUUUCGAGCAACAAUCGAAAAGAGCUGUGGAUCUUUGUAGUGGCCUUCCGUUAGCUCUUCAAGUUCUGGGCUCUUCUCUUUCAGGCAAAAGCAUAGAAGUGUGGGAAAGUGCUUUGCAAAAGUUGGAAGCGGUUCCUGACAGUAAAAUUCAAAAGAUUCUUAGAGUAAGCUAUGACUCUCUAGAAGAUGAUCAUGAUAAAAAUCUGUUCCUUGACAUAGCUUGUUUCUUCACUGGAAUGGAAAAAAAUUAUGUAAUUAGUAUACUACAAGGCUGUAAAUUCUAUGCAGUUGUUGGAAUUAACAAUCUUAUUGGUAGGUGUCUUUUAACAAUUAAUGAAGGCAACAAAUUGAUAAUCCAUCAAUUACUUAGAGACAUGGGAAGAGAAAUAGUUCGUCAAGAAUCACCUGAGGACCCUGGGAAACGUAGUAGAGUUUGGCGUGACAAAGAUGCAUUUAAUUUAUUGAGAGAAAAUACUGGUACAGAGACAGUCAAAGGCCUCACACUAGACCUACAAAUGUUAAAAGAAGCCAAUACUGGUGAGACAUAUGCAAAGGAACCCCAUUCUGCAAAUUCUACUGAUGAAGCAAUCCUUCCUAACAGAGGAAAUAAUUUGAAGAGAUGCGGCCUUGGUUUUUUCUCGCGGAAACUAGUGAGCAAUGGUUUAGCAAAUUCAAUUUAUGAAGUAGACCUGAAAACAAAGGCAUUUGGAGAGAUGAACAAACUGAAGUUACUCCGGCUCAAUUGUGUUAAACUCAGUGGAGACUGUGAAGAUUUUCCUAAAGGUUUAGUAUGGUUGUUUUGGCGUGGAUUCCCUUUAAGAUGCAUUCCAAAUAACUUUCACUUGGACAAGCUUGCUGUUCUUGAUAUGCGCAAGAGCAGCCUAAUAAAUGUUUGGAAAGGAACAAGGCUCCUUGUUGCCUUGAAAAUCCUUAACCUCAGUCAUUCCCAUUGCCUUGUUAAAACCCCCAACUUCAUGGGACUUCCUUCUCUUGAGAGAUUGAAGCUUAAAGAUUGCGUGAAUUUGAUUGAUCUUGACGAAUCUAUUGGCUAUCUUAGAAGACUAAUUGUACUAGAUUUAAGGGGCUGCAGAAACGUGAAGAGGCUUCCAGUAGAAAUUGGCAUGUUGGAAUCACUUGAAAAACUUAAUUUGUGUGGUUGCUCAAAACUUGAUCAGCUGCCCGAGGAGAUGAGGAAAAUGCAAUCACUGAAGGUCCUUUAUGCAGAUGGUACUGCCUUAACUCAGAUACGAGCUAUGACUGGACAAUGGUAUUCAACCUUUUGGCCUUGGUUAUUACCAAGAAAAAAUCCACAAUCAAUCAGUUUUUCAUUGGCUAUUCUACCAAGCCAUUUGGUAACUUUAAGUCUAGCAGACUGCAAUCUAUCAGAUGUUGCUAUUCCAAAUGAUCUACGAUGUCUUCGCUCUUUGGAAUCUUUAGAUCUUAAGGGAAACCCGAUUUAUAGCAUUCCAGAGAGCAUCAAUAGUCUCACUACUCUCCAGUACCUUUGCUUGGACAAGUGUACAAGGCUCCAAUCUCUGCCACAGCUUCCAACAAGUUUGGAGGAAUUGAAGGCAGAGGGUUGUACAUCACUGGAAAGAAUUACAAACCUACCAAAUUUGUUGAGUACAUUGCAGGUGGAACUUUUUGGUUGUGGCCAACUGGUUGAGGUACAAGGCUUGUUUAAGCUAGAACCAACCAUAAACAUGGACAUAGAAAUGAUGAAUGGUUUAGGCUUGCACAACUUUUCAACCUUAGGGAGCUCUGAAAUGAAAAUGUUCAGUGCCAUUGCUAACAGAGAAAUGAGGAGUCCUCCCCAGGUACUGCAAGAAUGUGGCAUAGUCAGCUUCUUCCUUGCUGGGAAUGAGGUUCCACACUGGUUCGACCAUAAAAGUACAGGCAGUUCGCUAUCUUUUACAAUAAAUCCAUUGUCUGAUUAUAAGAUUCGAGGUUUAAAUUUAUGCACGGUAUAUGCACGCGAUCAUGAGGUAUAUUGGCUGCAUGCUGCUGGUCAUUAUGCUAGAAUGAAUAAUGAAACCAAGGGUACAAAUUGGAGUUACAGUCCAACAUUCUAUGCACUCCCGGAAGACGACGAUGAGGAUAUGCUAUGGUUAAGUUACUGGAAGUUUGGAGGUGAAUUUGAAGUAGGGGAUAAAGUGAAUGUUUCUGUGCGUAUGCCAUUUGGGUAUUAUGUAAAAGAGUGCGGAAUUCGCAUAGUAUACGAGGAAAAUGAGAAGGAUAACCAAUCCAACACUGCAGACAUAAUACCAAGCAACUCAUUCUGGCAUCAGAAUAUCACUGAUAGAGACUUGUCACCGUACCAAGUUGGAAAGUCAGUUUAUUUUCUACAUCAUCAUCCAUUUACAACUCCUGAUGAAAUUCUGAAACUGGCACCUGUACAUCAUUCUGAAGAUAUAGCCGAAAAUCAAAUGGAAUGGAGCAGACAUCUCGUCGUAACUGACCCAAAUCUGAAGUUUACGUUUACUUGAGUUGGGUAUAACUACUUGCAUGCUUCUACUCCAAAAUGACACUCACUUCUAUUUGUCCGAAGCACAUACUUAUUUGCCACUGGUUUGUGCAUGGAGGAAAAACCAUUAGAACUAGAAUUAAAUAUUUGAUAAUUCCAUCUUGGUUAGUUGGGUUUUCAUCUGGGGUGGACUCUGGUACCAUUUAGUACCACAGACUUUUUUAAUGAUCUAUAUUAAUAAUAUGGCACUGUUACAAGCGGCAACUUUUAUUUA